UGAGAAGCUUCGCGAAGGACCAUCAGCUGUUGACAACGAAUUCGAAAUUCUGAACCAAAGAUUCUUCCAUGGCAUUGGGAGAAGCAGUUUCAGAAGGAUCAUCUGCACCACACAAAAAGACUGAGAAGGCGAUAGACUCCUCCAACAGCUGUCGGUUGCACACAAAGGAAACUAAAGUGGGCACCUCUCUCUCCCAAGCAUCUAUUGUUCUCACCUUUAUAUUUUGUGUGGCGUCGGGGUAUCAGUAUCCACCGUCUUGGCCAUUGCAUCCAUCUGCUGGAUUGAAUAUUCAACCAAUCUCAAUAAUCUGCCUCGUUCCAGAAAAUUUCUAUCAGUUUCGGUUCCAACCAUGACAGUUGUGUCAACAUCAGCAGCUGCCAGUUGGAUAAGAUCCAGUAUCAUGAAUCAUGUGGCAGUGCUACUGUUAAUACUACUGAGCAUACCCACCAAAAAUAUGCCAUUGGUAUCCGCGUUUACAUCCCCACCCAUCCAGAAGCAGUCUUGUCCAACAUCUUCCUCUUCUGGUAUGGGUCCGUUGUAUUAUCUCCAAGAACCGGUGGAAGAAGAUCAGGAUUUCUGGAGCAGCACUCAUCAUUAUGGACGCAGUUCGGCACCCUUUUUCAUCACGUGCAAAUCGGAACAAGUCAAUCCCAUUUUGGCCAUUGAUCAACUCCUCCAACAAGGCUUAUUGGUUGCCAGUAACGGUGGUGUUGAUUUGGUCUACCUCUUUGUGGGACAGUAUCAUGCUCCUGUUCUGGAAAAAAUCGUGUCUUAUCUCCAAAUCAAGUUGGAUCCUUGGCAUUGCAAAAAUAUCGAAAUCAUCACGGUUUUGGGAGGUGGAGUCAUUGGUGGAGGCGCCGAAUUGGAUCAAAACAACCAGCCAGCCAUGACAUUAAUGGCAGGGAGAUUACCACCCGAGUCGUCUGCCACAGUGUUCCAAUACCAAAGUAGUGGUGAUGAGGAGAGCAGCUUGGAAGAUGCCUUGAUGGAAACACAAGUUGGCACUCAAGAAUCCCUGCAAGGCGGCGACAACGACAAUGACAGACCACCCUCGUACAUGAUUUUUUCCGAUCCCUUUGCUCCCUUGGACGAUUUGCUCUCGCUGCUGGAACAAAACACUCUAGUACCUCCCGUCAUUGCCGGAGGUAUUUCGGUACCACCACGACCACAACGUCGACGACAGGGACCCGUACCAUCCAUUGCCCGAAACGGACAGCUCUUGCCGGCAGGGUCCUUCGUAGGAGUCGAAUUCACGGGAAAUGUCGGCCUCAUGGCAGUAGUGGCACAAGGAUGUCGGCCGGUAGGACCCACCUAUGUCAUUACCAAGGCAUCCGGGACGAUUCUGACUGGUUUGUCGGGAGAAAGUGCCAUUACGCGUUUGGAAGAAGUCGCCGCCAAUGCCAACAAACAAGAUCAAGAACUGAUCCGCAAUGGAGAGAUCGUUUGUGGUAUUGGAUCCAGUAGCAAUAUUAUGGAAUGUAUGGACAAUGAUGUGGACGAUACCCUCCUGCAGAUUGGUGAGCACGACGAGCAAGAGGAAGGAGAAAAGAUGUUGCGCAUCGAGGAUGACUUUUUGAUCCGGCAAAUUAUGGGAUUUCAACCCAAGAGUGGCUCUGUUGUCGUUGCUGCCGGUGGAUUGAAGGAGGGAAGUACAUUUCGGUUUCAUGUUCGUGCCGCCAAGAGCGCAAGGGAAGACAUGGGUCUCAUGGUACAACGGGCCAAAACAGAGCGACUCUUUGCUGGUAAUGCAGGAAAAUCGGGCAAGCCAUUGGCGGCUUUUCAAUUCUCCUGCGUGGCUCGAGGGCGUUCCUUCUUUGGUGCUCCCAACAUGGAUUUGCAAAAGAUUCAAGAAUUGUUUGAUGAUCAAGAUCCUUGUGUGGCGGGGUUCUUUGCCAAUGGAGAGGUUGGUCCCGUGGGGAUUCGAUCCGCCGAAAUGGCAGCCAAAGAUGCCGAGCAAGCUGGCGAACAACAAUCUACAUCCAACACGUUUCUGCAUGGAUUUACGACGGUGGUGGCCAUGCUGUGCGACUACAGUGAGACAUCCGCAGAUGAAAACUCAGAGUUACUUUCUCAGAGUGCAAUCAUCUGCGAUAUGGAUGAUGCGUGGGCUUGAUUUUGAUUUGUUAGCAUUUGGAGGAUGGUUCCCACACUUUUACAUUGUAUACUUGGCACUCCCUGAAUCUACAACUGUUAACACUAGUUUACUGUAAUGUCUGCAUGCUCUUGUAUGUGCCAGGGGACAAAGUCUCGCAAUGUAGCAAUAGUUCAUCCAGCCUCA